AUGUCCCGGCGCAGGUUGUUGAGGAAGCUCCUGCCCUUCAGUCGCCAGUCGGCGUUCGGCUCGAAUACAACAGCACAAUCUCCAUCAACGCCGCCGCCGCCGCCGCCGCCGCCGCCGUCGACGGGCAGCGCUCGCUGCCGCUUCUCGACGGCUUGCCCUCUCCGCAAUGCUCGCGUCCGUAGCGCCGGCGACCUCCCCAGCCGCACCGUUCCGAGGUACCUGCAGAGCACGAAGCCAGGCUCCUCUCUCCUCUCCCUCCACUGGCCACGGCCGCCCCGGAACCUGCUGCUCGUCCAGAAGCUUUACGCACCCGAGGUGACCGAAUCCGUCAUCGAGUUCGCCAAACACGUCCACGCCGAGUACCCUGCCGUCAACAUUGUCGUCGAGCCGAAGAUCGCGGCCGCCAUCCGGGAGCACCUGCCGUUUGCCAUCUACGUGUCCGACGGCCGGUCCAACAUUGCGGAUAGAAUCGACGUGAUUGCGACUUUUGGCGGCGACGGAACCGUCCUUCGCGCGGCAAGCCUGUUCAAGCUGCACGGGUCUGUCCCGCCGAUACUGUCGUUUAGCAUGGGCACGUUGGGAUUCCUGGGAGAAUGGAGCUUUGACGAACACAAGAGAGCCUGGAGGGAAAUGUACAUGAGCGGGAGCGGUGUGGCGACGGCUCAGGAGGCAGCCGUGCCGCCGCGGGACAAUGGCAGAGACGGCCAAGCUGAUGGGAUCGAAGGCGCUGCGGAUUCCGCAGGCUCCGCAGGUUCCGCUGGAUGGGGAUGGGGGGCGCAGCGUGGAAAGAGCCUUGACACGCAGAGGGCGUCCAGGAUUCUGCUCCGACACCGCAUCAAGGCAGACAUUUUCGACGUUGCCGGAAACUGCAUCAACCACGCGGUGUCGGAUACGUUGGCCAGCGAGCACAAGACCAGCGUUGCCGGGACCAAGGAGCCGUCUCCGUCGUUGCGGGCCAUCAACGAGAUCUCCGUCCAUCGAGGCUCGCACCCGCACCUGGCCGUCAUUGACAUUUACCAGAACGGGCGUUUCCUGACGGAAACCACGGCGGACGGCAUCCUCAUCAGCACGCCAACAGGCUCCACGGCGUACAGCCUCAGCGCCGGAGGGCCCAUUGUGCACCCGCUGGUCAAGUCGCUUCUCAUCACGCCCAUUUCCCCGUGCAGCUUGAGCUUCCGAUGCCUGGUGCUUCCGCUGGACACCAAGGUGACGCUGCGCAUGAGCCACAAGAACCGGGGCCGCGAACUGGACCUGAGCAUUGACGGGAAACGAUGCGCGGGCGUGUCGCCGGGGAUGGAGAUGCGGGUGGAGGGCGAGUUUGUCGGGCGAGCGGGGCCGGGGGAGGAAUGGCACGGGGGUGUUCCGUGCGUGAUUAGGACGGAGGACAACGACCCCUGGGUGGGAGGGCUGAACGGGCUGCUGAAGUUUAACCACCCGUUUGGUAGGGAGCCGCCGAGCGAUGAGUUGGCCGACUAG